AUGCAUAGGCUGGCAUUCUGCUGUCUCAUUAUUAUCAGCUUCUCCUGUCCUCUCUUGUCUGUCCCCAUCGUCAACACCAGUGAGAUGUCUUAUCAGCUCUCAGCCGAUGAAGAUUCCAGAUUGAAUCUGGAGCGGUCAGGCAGCCUGGGAAGUGCUUCCCUGCUUCAGUUCCUGCCAGGGCUCCUGGGCACACCAGCUGGAGACAACAAAGGAGGUCUUAGCCCCAGCAGCUACAAACCGAGGGAAAAUAUCAAAGAGAUUUUCUACGGAAGUCACCCUCGUAUUGCUUUGCUGGGCCGCUUGCUGACCAAGGACAGAAAACAGCAUAAGAAACGUGGAAAUCUUUCCGAGUGCUUCUGGAAAUAUUGUGUGUAACCAGGAGAACAAACUCUGCCAGACUUUGGUUGCUUAAUUUAUACAGAUGCCUGAAAAUAUGUAUAUAGAUUUGCUUGAUUUAAAAUGAGAAUGAAGAAAUAUGAUGACAACUAACUUUACACUCCAUGCUACUUGGAACUUAA